UGCUUUCUCCUUUGCCCAGCCACUGCCUGAUGAAUAAUUCAGAAGGAUUUGUGCUCGCUGCACGCCCGUCCUGCGCUUUAGUGGUGUUGACUCUGGGCUCUGUCUGCUCUCACCGAAGAGGCUGUCGUCUGGCCGAGCAGAGAGAAUGGCAGACGCAGGAUGAAGUUCCCGAAGGGAGCAGGCGUUUCGUGAUGGCAAAGCCACGGGACAAAAAGACCUCAGAAGGCCAUGGGGAUACUCCCAGCCCUUUGGGAUACACCUCCGUGCAGCGUGUCACCAUCUGCACGAACCUCCCCGAGCACCAGCGUGGCAAGAUCUGGUUUCCUAGGAGGAGCCGCUCCAGGGGAGGCUGAGCAGAGCCUUGCUGGGAGCCCGCAGGACGCUGCGAUCCCUCCCCGCCUUUGCCUGUGGGAGGUGGGCCCUGGUGCCGGGUCCUGCUGCGUGCUCCCCCCGGCAGGCAGUUCUCAGCGGUGCUCAGGCAGCGACCUUCCUCCGGGCAGACAAGUGCAAGCAGUGCCCCGGGCGGCUUUGGCUACGCAGAGCACCGAGCAUGACUAAUCCCGGCACCAAGGGCUCGUUCCUCUCGCAGCCGAUGGUGAAGAGCGUGCUUGUCUAUCGCAACGGGGAUCCUUUCUUUCCGGGACGUCGUAUUGUCAUCAACGAGAAGAAAGUGUCCAACUUUGAAGUCUUUUUGAAAGAGGUGACCGGUGGGGUGAAGGCACCUUUUGGAGCUGUGCGUAACAUCUAUACGCCUCGGGCUGGGCACCGUGUCCGGCAGCUGGAGGAGCUGCAGAGUGGAGAGCAGUAUGUGGCUGGUGGCAGGGAAGCCUUCAAGAAACUGAAGUCUCAUUCUAUUCACAUCUCCAUCCAUUCUAUUCAUAUGGGCUAUUUGGACAUAGGGGAAACAAAGAAAAAGCCUGCUGAAGUCAACAGUGAGGUCAAGCCAGUUACUCACAGUAGAAUCACUGCGUCAGCACGGUUUCGAAAACCGUUCCAGGAACCCUACACGAUUUUCCUGGUUGCUAAUGGAGACCUUAUUAGCCCUGUAGUGCGACUCCUUAUACCCAGGAAAACUCUGAAUCACUGGGACCACAUUCUUGAAAUGGUUACAGCAAAGGUUUCCCUCAGAAGUGGAGCUGUUCACAGACUUUACACUUUAGAUGGAAAACACAUUCAGAAUGGGUCAGACUUGGAGAAAGGGCAAUUUUAUGUUGCAGCGGGUAGAGAAAAGUUUAAGAAGUUACCAUAUGGCGAGCUGCUGUUUAGCAAAUCUACAAUAAGGCCACAGGGUUCUAAAGCAUCCGUACUGCCUCCAAUUGCAGCACCUCGAAAAUCUAAGGGCAGUGGAAAUGAUUGGCAGUCUAAAUCUACUGUUGGAUCCAGUGACCCUGGGGAGAACAGUUCCUCACCUCAGCCUCCAAAAGAGAAGGGCAAAAAAUGCCAUAAUCCAGAGGAUUCUGUGUCCAGAGGACACAGUUCUAUCAAAUCUACUAAAGAAAAUCAAACAGCUUCCACAAGAUACCUGCAAGAUAAUGGUGAAGGGAUUUACAGAGCUGGAGAAAAGCAAUCUGAAAUGUGGGGGGCAGCUGAAGUUCAAGAAGAUGAAGACACUCGUGUAGAAGUUCCAUUGGACCAGAGGCCAGCAGAAACUGUGGAUGAAGAAGAAAAUGCAGAAGAGGAAGAUGACAGAGGAGAGGAGGAAGCAUAUAAACAGAAGGAAGAACACCCAGAAGUAAAUGGAGAGGAAAGUGGGGAAACUGUUACGAAAAGAAACACAGGAGAAAAUAAGAAUAAAUUAAAUGGGAAUUAUGAACACAAAACAGAAGGAACAGAGGAUGUUGACCAGGCAGAGGAAGAGGAGCUCGCCCAUUUAAAUGGCAAGAUAAAUAAAGACAGUGGUGGGCUGAUGGAGCAGAAUGGCCACGAUGAUCUCCAGCAUGAAGAGGAUGGAAAAGAGGAUUAUUCUGGCAGUCAGGACCAGGUUGAUUCCCAUCAUGAAAAAACAUCCAGAAAUCCAAGGGUGACAAUCACUAGCCCACAGGAAAGUGAAGAAAAGGACCAGAGCAAUGGCUAUGCUGCAGUUGCAUAGAUAUAAGGAAAUGUAAUCAGUGGGAAGUGAAAUAAUACUUUCAAGCAUGUUAUUUUAUGAUUUUUAGCUUAAAAUGGAAAGGUAGAUUGUGUACACACAUAUUGAGUUUUGAGAUGAUAAUGGCAUAUAGAAUAAUAGGACAUAAACCUUAAUAUCUACUAAGUAACAUUGAAUUGUUUUCACAAGAUGUGAAAUUUCUGAUGGAAUUUGAGAGAAAAAACAUAAUACUACUACAUGGUAAUGUUAGAAACAUUGGAAAUAAACUAUUUUGUGGUAUAAAAUGUAACCAUCAGUAGCAGAGUCAACUAUGCAAAUGACAAUUGUCAAGAAAAAGGGUAAAUAAGUUAAAUAUCAGAACUUCUUUGCAGAUUCAUUUAGAAAAGAGAAAUCAUUUGUGACUUGCAUACUAUAAGUAGUUUUUCCCAUUGAAAUUCCACAUGAUAUAUUCUAUUUCCAAGUGUAACCUUAAGAUAGAAGCAGAAUGCUUUGCUCACUUAAAGGAGAGCAAAGAAGAUGUACUGAGAGUCCUAAUAUUACUGGGUAGUAGCUUUCAGUAUAUUAAUUGGAAUAACUUUUUUUUUGCAUUCUGAAAUAGCCCUUUUUUAGCAUUGUGAAGAUGGGUUGGCAGCCUGCAGCGCUGCAGCUUAUUCACACUUGCAACAGUAAGUUUUGCUGGUUGUUCUGCACCAGUUCACCAUGCAAUGGAUUGCUAUUACAGUGAAAAAAGAGCAAAGCACAGAUAUGCAGCACGUCAGACACGGAGCAGAUCAAUUUGAUCACACUUCAGUUCAAGUGUAAUCUAAUUUAUUAAUGAAAAAAAAAUGAAGAGGCCCAGAUUCAGACUGAAAUUAGCAUGAAAUCAUUGUUAUCAAUGGAGCCAUUUUAAUAUGAAACACAUUAACAUAAGAUUACUAGUUUACUGAAAAAUUCAGCAGCUGUUAUUGUGUCCGUGAAUCCCUUACAUAGCCUUAAUGCUUGAAAGCAUAUUAUCAUCUUUUUGACUUAGCAAGUUCCUGAUAGGCUGUGGCUUAAUUUGCAUUAGAAAAUAAGCCACUGAUCCCCAGUAUUAGCUCUCUUACUGACAUCAACACCAUUACUCUUACCAGUUCUCUGUUAGUAAUAGCAAUUGUUUGUAGAUUGUGAAAUACAGCCCUGAGCAUGAUUUCAUUAAUCAUAUAAAAUACAUAGUGAGUUUCCCUAUCAUCAAUGCUGGUAAAUUAUGACGAAGAGAAACUAAAUGUCAUUUUUGUUGAUUUUUGUGCUGUUAAGACCAAAAUUACAUUCAGGAACAAAUUGAACUUGAAGCACUGUUUGAAGGAAGUGUAGGAAAAUUGUUGUGACUGAAACUCAUAGAAAUAUCUGCACUUUUCUACCAACCAGACCGGGAAGCUCCAUCUCAGCCCCACCUUCUGAAACUUCUUGCAGAGCCCACCAAGGAAAAUGGCUAGUGCUCCAUUCUCACUCCUUUAGAGGUGAAUAGAUCAGCAGCAGGCAUGGUGUUCAGUGUGCUUAAGAACCAAGACAAAUGACAGUUGUCUUGUAUUGACAUCACUAUGAAGAAUUGUUGGCUUGAAGUUAAUGGUACACCCAAGCACAGGAUUCUACGUGUUGUCAUCUUAUUGCAGGUGAAAUCCUGAACAACCUCUGAGGUUUUUUGCAUCCUCAGAAAUUUGAAACUAAAUCGACAGCCAGACAUGUCUGGUAAAGAUGAUCAACAUUUUCCUCAAAAUGUUAUACUUAAAACUAUAUAUAUAUUUAGAAGAAGCACACUUUUGUACGGAGAUUCUCUGCUUUCUCUUCAUAACUUGUGUCUGCUGAUUGUUUCGGUCAUUUCUCUCUUUUCUGCCAAAGUUCAGUGCUUAAAGACCUACAAAUAUCAGUAAGAGUUAUUUAAAACUUAAAGUAAAUUCUAGGGAACUGUAAUGUGAUAAUUGUCUUUCAUGGGAACGUGAAAAUCCCAGAGAGUUACCCAGCCUUUAAAAUGUUUUCCUCUCUGCUGUUCAUCUUGUAAGAAAGAUUGAAGAUUUUGCUUCAGAAGAACAAACUGGACUUUGGGGAGAGAUACAGCCAUUUCAUCAUUUACUCCUGCAGUACUCAGAACACCUACUUUGUAUCGGAUUCUCUGCACAGAGAAAAUUAAUUUAUGCAUAGCAAUUCUGAUGUUAACUGAAAUUAAUCAAGAAACAUGUGUGGUCUUUGCUAAAAUAUGUUUGUGAAUGUGAAUUUGUUAUGACAAUUUAAAUCAGUUUUACAUGAGAAAUAUUUCUUUUUCUUAAGCUUAUAUGGUGUUACUUCAAGCUUUUAUGCAACAGUUUUUUUUUUCUUUUUUUUUUUAAGACAUUGUCUUUCUCCUGGCAUUAUUUUUAAAAGCAAUUUCCUAUUAAAAAGAGCUAGCAUACAAACACUUUUGCUUUUGUCUCAAAUCAAGGCCAGUUUGGCAUUAAUCUUGGCUUUGGAUGACUGAUGUUAUUUACAAACCUAGCUAUUUUUUCAGCUGUUAGGAUUCUUCCAUCACUAGAACUUCAAAAAAGUCAGAGUUUCCAGUUAGGGCAUUGUAACCACGAAAUAAAUUCUGCUGAUAAUUCGUCUCUUAUUACAGCAAAUAAAAGAAUUAAUUCCUAAUUUCAGCAAAGCUCGAAAGCAUAUACUUAAAUCCUGUAGAGAUGCAGUUUGUCAUCAAAUUUUAUUUAAUGCUUCAGUGAUCUGAUGUAUCAGAGUCAAAAUAACAUUAAUCUGGAAAGAAAAGUGAAAAUAAAGAAAAUGCAUUCCUUUCUCUGUCAGUCUCAUCUAAAUGAAAUUGCAUGCAGAAAAAAAACCAACACAUAAAUGUUACUUGAAAAUACUGAGAAAAGGAGAGUUGCUUGGGUAUCUUGAUUAAUUAUUCCAAAGGUACAUUUAAAUAAUUAUUCAAUAAUACAUGUAAAUAUAAAAUGAAAUCUCUUGAGGAAGAAUCUAUUUAUUAUGUUGUAACAAUGGGAAUGACUUCAUGAGAUGCAGCUGAAGGAUGUUUUGGGUGGCUGAUAGUCUUCAAUUGGAAUCAAAAGAAGUUCUUUAGAUGUGGCAAUAGACAGGUAAGCAGCCUGGUAUCUUUCCAGUAUUCUUCAUGGGCUCAUUUGUGUGCAUUAACUUAUAUAAACACUGUAACUGAAUGCAUUUUUGUGUACUCACACAUGCUGCACGUGCAACUAAUGUGCGUAAUGGUAGUUUAGCAGUGUUCUAUUUUCAGCAAUGGGAGCUAUUGAGCAUUAGUGAAAUCAGUUAUAACCAUGGGAAAAAAUAUAUGAGUAGCCAAGCUUAUGAAAGGAUGAUAUUUUAAGUUGCACACAUACUUUUGCUCUUUGCUGAGCCAAGUCCAGAGCGCUUAUGGCACUGAAGUGAAAUGGAAAUAACAACCUAAAAUUGCCUGGGAGGAAGUUUGGUCGUAAGAAAGUGGAAAGGAUAUGGAAAAUUCAAGAAAAAAUGAAUAUAUUUACUACAGCACGUGGCAGGAAAACAUUCAAAGGUCUUCAGUCCUACGCUGUUGCAUAGAGGACUUCUGCCUUAUACAACAGAUAUUUUGAAACAGUAGGCAGACAUUCAACAAUCUAUGCUAUGUAACUAUGAGUAUCUUUAAGUGUUCAUAUUUUCCUUGCAGAUGAUGCUCAGUUGUGACACUCGAAAUUUAAUAAAUUAACUUUAAAUACGA